AUGACUGAAAAUACACACUUCUGUUACGAUUCGGUAAACAAGUCAUGUCUGAAACAUGUUUAUGUGGCUACGAUACGUACUCCACUGUAUCUCAUCUUAGUAGCAGUUAUUGUGUUCACUGUUUGUGGAAACCUGGUUGUCAUCAUCUCCAUUGCUCACUUCAGACAGCUUCACACACCAACUAAUUUUCUUGUCCUCUCAUUAGCAGUUGUCGACUUGCUAAUAGGAGGAUUUAUAAUGCCUCCCAGUAUGGUCCGAUCACUUGAAACUUGUUGGUACUACGGAGACUUGUUUUAUCGAUAUUAUGCUGUGUGUGAACCACUAAAAUACCAAACUAAAAUCACUAUUUAUGUUGCACUUUUCAUGGUUGUCAUUAGUUGGAGUGUUUCAGCUGUUAUUGGAUUUGGACUGAUUUUUCUGGAGUUAAAUAUAAAGGGCAUAGAAGAUGUCUACUAUGAGAAUGUAUAUUGUGUAGGGGGCUGUACUCUGAUACAGACUGAAAUAUCUAGCCUGAUUUCUUCCCUGCUGGCAUUUUACAUUCCUGGGUUUAUGAUGGUAGGAAUCUAUUUGAACAUUUUCCUUGUAGCAAGGAGACAAGCCAGGGCAAUUGAAGGCCUCGUUUCCCAGAGUAAGAGCUCAGAAGACAGCAAAACAAUACCUUCAAGCAAGACAGAAAGAAAAGCUGCGAAGGCUCUGGGAAUAGUGAUGGGGGUCUUUCUCUGCUGCUGGACACCAUGUUUCUUGAGUGUCAACCUGAAUCCUCUUUUUAAUUAUUCAACUCCACCUGUACUAUUUGACACUCUUGUGUGGCUAGGAUACUUAAAUUCUACAUUUAAUCCUCUUGUCUAUGCUUUCUUUUACAGCUGGUUCAGAAAAGCUCUUGGAAUGAUUGUAUUUGGCCAGAUAUUUCAAGCCAAUUCUUCAAGAACAAAACUAACUACAGAUUGA